UCUGUACAGAGGCGUGUAACUCACUGCGCGUUAGCCUCGGGUAUUUAUCAUUUUGAAUUGAGUGAAGUGGGUUUACAGUUUGGCCAUCUGGGCUGACCCUCGUCAUUUGUGGAUGCUUUAGCAGACAGAAGUGGUAACCAGUAUCGUCUUUAAACUUGUUUUGGGCUGUUUUGGUCGCGUUUCCAAACCGCGCCUCUCUCCCACGCACUGAAAGCUGAAAGGUACUUUAUUGCCCCCCAUUAUGUCUUCUUAAUUAGUAUUCACUACUUAACCGUUCUGCAUGUUUGCCUGCCACCAGCCGUAAAUCGCCCAUCUUCCUCCAAGGGGAGCUGUUUUUGUUUCUGCGUGCGAGCUGAAGAGGAGCAUUCAUUCUUUUCACUAAACUAAGAUCAUUUUCGUGCAGCAAGUUAUCAAACGAGGUAGUGCAGCAGAGAGACACCGACACUGGUGGGUGUCUGAACCUCAGCGUUAGGCUUUGGGCAAAGUUUCCCACCUAGAAAGGCUGUGGAGCAGCAGGCUAACGGACUGUCCUCACCGCUGUCAUGGAGGGAGGAGGAGAGUGGAAGAAAGUCUGCACUCUGACGCUCACCGCACUUUUCAUUCGAGAAGUGGCAGGGUUGAGCAUGAGAAACGAACAGUUGGAAAAGUGUGUGCAGGUACAGGAGGGCCAAGCCCACAGCAGUGUGAGUCUGGAGGACUGCCAACCAGGCUUGGCCCUUCAGGAGUGGCGCUGGAGCUCGGAGAGCCAAACCCUCAGAAACCCGCAGACAGGCAAAUGCUUGACUGCCAUCCAGAUCAAAGAGCAUGAGAAUGUUGGGCUGUUGACCUGCAGACCUGCAGAAAACGAAGGCCAGGCCUGGAGCUGCUCGAAGAAGGGCCACCUGACCCUCCAUGGCAAAGGCUUACAUCUGAGUGCGCACCAUGACUCCUCCAAUGUGUUUUUGUCCAUGGAUCGGGGAAAAAAUAGCAAGUGGAGGACACUGAUCAAGCAGACAGUGUGUGAGGAGGAGGAGGAAACAGAUCGUGUGCCUGAGAAGACAGGACCUCGCAUCAUUGCUAAAAUCCGCCUGUGGCAGCCUCCAGUGGAUUAUGGCCUGUCACCUUCCAUGGCCACUGAGCCAGCUCAAAUUUCAUCUGCAGUUCCAGAAGCAAAUAGUAGCAUUAAUGCUUCUCUGAAUCAGCUCAGCAUGGAGUAUGGGAUUGAAUGGAAGGUGACCAUGCUGGUCUUGAGCUCACUUGCCCUCCUCCUUGGACUGGUGAUCCUCAUCCUAAACAUCUACCAAAACAGGACCAGGAAAACUGUUGUGGUUCUUAAGUCGUACUCUUCAAAUGAGGCAGUCAGUCAGCCUGGAUCACCAGUUCCCAGCGAGAGAGCUCCUCUGACCAAACACCCCAUGAGACCCCCCAGAUCCCCUUCCAUCCAGCGUGGGGAGAUCCUUGUGGAGUGGAAGGAUGGCUCAGUCACUCCCCUGUUCGACACAUACCUGACCUCCCAGACCAACAACUUCCAACUUCACAGGAAUAAAAAUGUUGUGUGAUGGUAUGUGGUACACCUGGUUUGAUUGUUUGAAACCUGAGCCCCUCUUUCCACUCAGUUCCUCAGGUUUCAGUUUGCUCUUUGGUAUGUUGAGCUCUUUUUUUAACAUUACUUUUCACGGAUGAUUGUUUGAUAGAGUGGAUCUGCAGAUGAUAUGUACAAAAUGUACUAGCAGUGGCCACAAGACUGUAAACAAGCAUAAUGCACAGACACACCCUUUGGUAGCGCCACAUGAAUAGCAGUGGUGCCAGGCAAAACUAUAGGGUGCUUUCAGCAUGGUCCAAUGUCAGUGAAUGUGUGGGUGGGUGUGCAAAUAUGUGCACUUCACUCUGUGAUUCCCCAGGAGACUGAGCUACAGUACACUGUUUACGUUUCAGUAAAACCUCAAAACGCCUGGUGAAAUUUACGUAGGGGAGCACUAACGGAGAAGAAUAUUUACGACUUAUAAACAGACAGAUUCUGGAUGUCAUUAUACACAUUUUGAACACUGCCAGAAAAUGUAUAGGGUUCAGCAGGAGGGCGUGAACCUCAAGAAAGACUGUGCUCACCCCUAAGCUAAACUUCUCGUCAUGAGUGUUUAGUUCAUGUGUUCAGGUGCAAGUUUGAGCAUGUAGGGAACAUAAUGUAGUGAACCAGACUGGCAAGUUGGAGUUUAACAUAAAGAGGCAUUUGCACCAGUCACAACUUGCAGUAAUGUUACAUAAUUAUAAACAAGGUCGGGCUCUUAAAUUAUAAAUGUCACGAAGGUGGUGCAGCUGCUCUCUGUAGGAGUGAGCCCAUGUAUUGAUGUGACUUCAUGUGACCUCAGUAAGGACAAUAAUAAAUAACUAGAUUCUACAGCUAAUAUAUAGAAUGUAAAGUGUUUGUUGGCGACUCAUUCAAAUGCCAGAUUUCUCCAACCAUUUUCAGUACAGAUAGACUAACUUGGUACAUACAUGCAAAUAACACAGUAGUUAACAUUUGAAGUUGAGUUUACUCCUAUUUGUAUUCUGUUCUAGUUUUUCUCGUCUUGCUUGAUCAGUCCUGUGCAAAAGAGAUCAUGCGUUCAUUUAAUUUCCAGUCAAAAUGGCCAACAAGUUCUUUUUUCAGCAUCAGUGAAAAAAUUUAGCUGCUUCUGUCUUUGAUCUGCAACAUCUAUUAAUAUUUUAUCUCAUUUUUUUAUCUGUUCUUUUCUUUUGAUUUUACUCAUUUUUCUUUCACUUUUCUCUUCCUUACACAUAUGUAAAUUAUUAUAUUACCUAAUAAGACCAUAAUAAUAUUCUGGAAAUUAAAUACAUUAAGAGCUCUAUCUUACUUUUGCACAGGACUGUAUGUGUCCACAGGAAAUCUUUCCUUCCUGGUUAUCCUCAAAUAUUAUUAAUAAUGUAUAACAAAGUUUAGAGAACGUUUUUAGAGAAAGUUAUGUGCGCAUUCUUAAUUUUGUGUUCAUCCUUCACCCCACCAUUAUCCACAAACAUGGACCUUUCAAAUGUAGUUUAUCUGUACUAGCUAACAUAUUGAAUUCUCUUAAACAGUUAAAACAAUGUUGGUACUGUUUUCACAUUGUAGAAAUGGCCUUUCUGGUGAAUAAGGUCAAAUUUAAUUCUAUUAUAAAUGGUCCAGAACUGAAUUUUAUCUUUGGCAAUGACAAUAUCAUGUGGAAAGCGGACAUUUAUGAAAGCAUGACCUGAAGUUGUUUCUUUUGCUUGUGCCAUGACUGGAUUAGUAAAGUAUGCCUUAAAUAUGCAUUGUGUGAGGCUUGUAUAUCCAACCACAGCUAUACAUGCAAAUGUAUGUACUUGGUCAGACUAGGACAUUAACUCAUAUCUAAGUACCUACAUGCAAAUAGACCUAUGUUGAAAACUGGAAUCUCUUUCUUUCCCUUCUUUAGACGAGCCAAUGCUGUACAGGUCACUGAUGGUAACUAAAUUUAUAAGAAAACAUGUUAAAUGUUAACAUGCGAAGCACUUUUAAUAUCUUUAGUAUGUAAGAUCAUUCACAUGUAUUAAAUGUAAAUUAACAGGUUUGAGUUAAAAGUCCUAGUAUUUAUAUUAUAACAAUGAAAAUUAAAUGUCAUAAAACUAA